GCCGCCAUUUUCUUCACGCGUCGUGGUUGUUUCCCUUUUUUCCUGAAAAUAACGAACCAUGGCUCAAAUCUCGCAAGGUGCUGUCAAGGCGCUCUAUGAUAACGAUACGUCCAAUCCCGUGUAUAGCAACCCUUUGCUUCAAGUGAUUAACAUCAAGGCAGUGCCUGCCCCUCAAGGCACACGCUACAGAAUCAUUAUUUCGGACGGUGUCAAUUUCAUGCAAGCCAUGUUGGCGUCGCAGCACACUCCCAUGGUCGAAAAAGGCGAUCUGACUCGUUAUGCUAUUGUGAGACUCAAGCAAUUCGUCUGCAAUGAACUUCAAAACAGAAAGAUCCUCAUCAUCCUCGAUCUGGAUGUCGUCGACAAGAACCAGCAACAAAAGAUUGGUAAUCCCCAAACCCUUGAAUCCCACUUGGCCAAUGCCAGCGCACAAAGUCCGGCCACAGCUACACCUUCGCCUCAAGCACAACCUCAGGCUCAAGCACAAGCCCAACCGCAGCAGUCUUUGUUCAUGCAAUCCAAUACUGCGGCACCCCAACCACAGAACCCAGGUGGCUACGCACCCAUGUCAGGCCGUGUGAACAUGCAGCUUGAAACUUCCCUGUUCCCAAUUAAAGCACUGAAUCCUUAUCAGAACAAAUGGACCAUCAAAGCUAGAGUUACUCAAAAAUCGGAGAUCAAGACAUGGGCCAACCCUCGUUCUGAAGGCAGACUCUUCAGUGUCAACCUCCUCGAUAAUUCGGGUGAAAUCAAAGCGACUGCUUUCAACGAUCAAGUGGAUCGCUUAUAUCAUAUUUUACAAGAGGGCAAAGUCUAUUACAUCUCCAAAGCCCGUGUUACCAUGGCUAGAAAGCAAUUCUCUACACUGAACAAUGAAUAUGAACUUUCUUUCGACAAUGGUACCGAACUUGAAUUGUGUUCCGAUGAAGGCAGCGUCCCACAGAUGAACUUUGAAUUUGUGAAAAUCGCUGAUAUUGCCAACCAUGAAAAGAGUGCUACUAUUGAUGUCAUCGGUGUUGUAAAGGAGGACAACGGUAUCAACGAAAUUGUAGCGAAAUCCACUGGUCGACCGACGAAGAAGAGGGAAUUGGUUAUUGUAGAUGACACUCAGAAACAGAUCAAAUUGACGCUGUGGGACAAGGUGGCUGACAACUUCAAUUCCGAGGGCAAUCCUAUCAUUGCUUGUAAAGGAGUUCGUGUUAGCGAUUUCGGUGGUCGCUCCUUAUCUCUCUCGAGCGCCGGCGUGUUAAAGGUCAACCCUGCAUUGCCCGAAACUCAAAAGCUACGACAAUGGUAUGGUAUGUAUGGAGAAAACUCCAACUACUCCAGUUUCCAAGGAGGCAUGGUGGGUGCCGCCGGUCCAGGCCAGGGUAGCAAUGCCCGAACCACUUUGCAGCAAGUCAAAGACGAUCAAUUGGGCAUGGGCGACCGUCCUGAUUAUUUCACCAUCAAGGGCACUGUUGUGUACAUUCGAUCCGAAAACGUGGCCUAUCCCGCAUGUCCUGAAUGUAAGAAGAAACUAGUUCAAGAAGGCGCAUCGUGGCGAUGUGAAAAGUGCCAAAAGUCACUCGCAGAACCCCAUUACAGAUACAUUCUUUCGGUAUCGGUAGCGGAUACGACGGCGCAGACCUACAUGAGCACGUUUGAUGAAAUUGCUACUGCUUUGAUCGGCAUGGAUGCCAACGAGCUGCAAAAACUAAAGGACGAGAACCUUGAUGAAUAUCGACAGAUCUUGAACAAGCCUCUCUUCCAAACCUACAUUAUGAAGAUCAGAGCCAAGUUGGAAACAUUUAAUGAUACUGCUCGCACGAAACACACGAUCAUCGAAGCGACCCCCAUCGAUUUCCAGGCCGAAGGUCAUCAGCUGGUGGAAGCUAUCGAUAAAUUGCUAUAAAACUUUCAAAGAUUUCUACUUCGUCUAUGAAGAUCCGUUUAGCGUAAAUACAUUCAAUACUCGCCAUUUUCAUUUUUAUUUUUUCGUUGAGAAAAUGCUCUUUAUUUUUUUCCUGCUUUUUUAUUUCGUCUUCCGC